UUACAAUAAUUCGAAACUAUUCGCCAGACAAGACGUGCCUCUUUAAGAUCGCCCCUUCUGCUGUUGCUUUCCUCACCCUCUGCAGCUUCGCAUCCCUCAGUUCCUUAGCAAGCAUAAAGCCUUCGAGUCGAAUCGGCGCCAAGAUCUAGCCAUGGCGCUUGCACCGGCAGGCGCAGAGGGGGCUAUACCGACCACCAUCGAACAAAUAAAAGCGUGUCUCGAGGAUGACGAUCCUGAUAUGUGUGGCCGGGUGAAGAGAGAUAGACUCGCUGCCAUCGCUUCGGAGUCGGGCGUGAAAGCAAGAAACGAGCCUUGGGUGGGACAUGUCCUCGCCCUGUCCUGCGAAUCACUCGAAAAGCGCGCCAUCAAUGAGAUUAUGACCAAAGGGCACGGCAUUUACAAAAAGCAAUGGGAUAAGUGGAAGCUGGGAGAAGGACUCCCUCCAUGGCAGAACAGAAGAGGAGAGGACGCAAUUCAAGACCUUGUUUACGGCAUCUUAAUGAAUGAUUUAGUCAAACUUUACGAAGGCUACGAGGUGGGCGGCGAAGUACGAGUAAAGGGUCUAAGUGUCAGAAAGGUGUGCGAGAAAAUCAAGGCUGAGAUUGGGAUAGUUAUAAUAAAGUAAGUUCAUCGUUGGUUUCAUUGCAGCUAUCAAACCUACUACCCGUUUUAUAUACCCUUCGUCACCUGGUCUCAAUGAAAAUCGAUGAUAAAUGGCACUUAUUGCACCCCUCCUCCACAAACAAUGUUGGCCCCCUGUUAAACCUGUAUCUCGGAGAGCUAU